AUGCUGAAGUUCAUGGAUUAUGUCCUCGACGCCUUCGGAGAUGCCACGCACUGGAACCGCGACAACAGCUACUCCUCUUUGACAGCUACAUCCGAUGCGCUCCUUUCGUUCUCUACACCGACCUCCCUUAGCCUCAAUGUCUCCUCCCUCUCCACUCCUCAUUUCGCAACAUCUUACACCCUUUCCACUCUCGGCGUGAUUGACGGUUCUCUUUCGUAUCUAUACUCCAACGUAUCUCUCGAUGGGAUACCUUCAGCCACUCCUUCCAUACCGCUGCGCAGCCUUGUCCGUGGCUAUCGCGAUAUCGCUCUCCCGCCCGUCCUUCCCAAGCCAUACAUCUCUUUAGAUGGAGCAAGGAAGCCAACACUGCUUCAUGCGACACUAGCUUUGCCGCCUCCUAGUGUUCUCACUGCUCUUUACACCCGUCGGAUCAAUCCUCGCACCCUCUUUAGUCUAUCCGUGAAUUCAAAAUCAACGACUUCGCCCACCACAGGCCCUUCUUCUCCUCCGCCAGCUUCGCUACUGGCACAUUUACAACAUGAUACGGGACGAUAUAGAGUGGAAGCGCUUGGGUCGACAGAUUCAGCGCUACUUGGCCUUCGAGGCUUGUGGAAUUUUGGAUACCCAACAGAGCCUGCUGCCCAGCAGAGCCGCCUGAGCCAGCCUGGAGCAGACCCCGCUCAAGGUCUUAGCGACCUGCCAAUUCCAGCAGAACCCUCGAUAUAUCGACCGAAGCCGAGUCUCCUCUCUGCGGGCGCAGAAGUCUACUACAGCCCUCUCAGCUCCGUUAUUGGCUUAAGCACAGGCCUACGAUUCACCACUCUUCCACCCGCAGCCUCUGUGUCUCCCUCUUCCGCCUCCAACUGGAAGCCACUUGCCGGUACUUCAGCAGCCUUCACAAGCGCCACAGCGAAUACUCUCGCCUCAUCUGCGAAUUCCUCAUUUCCCUACACAAUGACACUGAUUGCCACACCUCUAACAGGCAGUCUAGCCUCCACAUAUUCGAUAAAGCCCACCCCAAAUCUAGCUCUCUCAUCACGCUUCGGCUUUAACGUCUACAGCUGGGAAAGCGAAUAUGUGCUUGGUGCUGAAAUUUGGCGCCAGCGUCACAGACCUCGGAUCACGAUAGGCAAGUCUGACGGGUUAGACUGGGCUACGGACAAGGCCGCGCAGUGGCUGGAUGAUGAGCAGAAACUAGUUCUCCGUCAGAAGAAGGACAAGGAAGAGGAACUUGAGGAGAGUGUAAUCAGGUUAAGAGUGGACGACAAUUGGAAUUUCAGGGCAUUGUGGACUGGAAGGGUUAAGGAACUGCUUGUUAGUGCUGGUGUUAAUAUAGCGCCAACCGCUACAUCGAGUCAAAGGUACCAAAUGGCUGGGUCAGGGCUGUGUAGUGGCGGUACUGGAUUGGAAAAGAGGUGGAAAGGCAGCGUGGGUGUUGAGGUUGCCUAUUCGUCGUGA